UGAAAGCGUUAGAAAUAAUUGCACCGUAGACGUUUUUUAGAUCGCGGCGGUGCUGCAGCCUCGCUGUUUGCGCUAAAAAAGAAGAGAGAGAGAGAAAAAAAAGUCGUUCCAAUGCGCCCAUACUUAGUCCCUGCUUAGCCGGACCGGCUAGGUUAGGCGGGCGUCAUGAUGUCUUCAUACAUAUAAAGAAGGACCUUUGUCCUCGGAUGUGCUUCCGACUCUUCAUGGCGGAUUACCCUUUUUUCCCCUUCUUCUUUGCCUUUUUCCUUCCUUACGGGACAUCGCUAUAUGAUAGCAGCAACAGGUCCUACAUAUUCUCUAUAAUCUACCUAUCUUCCCAUCCAACCUACCUACCUACAGGGUAGCACGGAUACUUCAGCCCUACAUACCAUACCAUACCAUAGCAUACACCACCCCCCAAAGUCCCCUAUUGCCAUUCGCAUUAUAAGGCCUCAAAACAUUCAAGAUGAAGUCCUUGCUGAUUCUUCCACUUUCGUUAUUUUCCAUACUACAUACUUCCAACGCAAUCCCUCUCCCAGAUAGCUUGCGGCCCGAUACCCUCACGUUGAAACACGACCAGUCUCACGGGAAAGAAGAGGGUCAUCAUUUCAUGUUCCUCGCAAAAGAAGAAUAUACGGGAAGACAUCAGACAACAACGCCAUCUACUACUCCUACUACUACUAUUAUCUCCACAGCGCGCGAUCCCGAUCCCGCCAACGCAAGAUUAACCGAUCUGGAAGAAACUGAAACUGAAACGAAACCACAAGCAUCAAACUCGCCAGAAUCUCUGAAUAAUCACCGCCAGAUCGAAAACAUCAUCACCCCUUCUAAUGAACCGGAACAAUCCGCGCAGGAUAAUAAUAAUAAUAACAGAUCCUUGAAACCCUCCUGUCCCGCACACGCGGGGAUUCUGAGAACGGUAUCUCGAGUCUUACACGGAUUUUCCGUCCCGUCAUUCUCUCCUUCUUCUCUUUCCAAGGAUAAUUCCGAAAAGGAAAGCAAUACCACUGCGCCUCACACGGCCGCAUCUAGCGCAGUCCCUCAUCAUGAUUCCAAAGCUGCUCUUGAACCAUGGAUGAUCGUCCUGGGAAUGAUAUGGCUAGUACCCAUUACCGUCGUACUAGUCGAAAUGCUAGAAUACGCGUGGAUGUGGUAUCGGGGAGACGCGAAUAUUUUGGAUUCCAUCGAAUCCGGACACAAAAGUCGGCUUUGGAUGUCGGCCGAUAAGAUGGCAAGGGGAGAGAAGGGUAUGAAGAUCGAGGGAGGUUAUAUGAUUCAGCAUUAUUAUGACGAUGAUGAUUCUUCGGAUGACGGGUUUGAUGAUCUUGUACCGUAAAGAUUUUUAUUUCCAUAUGAAAUAGAAAAGUUGCUGGUUCGUUUUCUAAUACGUCCACAUGUAUCUGCUUGUACCGUAAGGCAUUGCAGAAAUCGAAGGCACGUGCUAAGUAACUUCCAAGAGAUGAGAGAGCGUUUUGACUCUCACAUGAUCGGUUACCUUUCUGGAAGACCCAAGUGACCAUUUGUGAUAUUUGAAUUGCGAAAUCAGUCUACGUUAUACUUA